UCUAGGCUGGCCCAGUAGGGCUCCCGGCGAACUCAGUGGGUAGCGCCGCAGCUUCUCUGGGCAGGCCGACAGGGCACGUUUGUUCAUUCAAGCCGAGCUAUUUUGCUGUGGUGGAUACGCAUUGCUGCGAGCUUUAGUAGAUGUAGAGAAUGUCGAACCACGCCUGCAGAUUCCGGUUUAAAUUUAAUUAAUUCACAGGCGUUUAACACCUAGCAAUGGUAGAAAAGCCUUCUAUCGCUGAAUGAAAUCCCUGGCCCUUAUCUGUACAUAUUUAUGAAUGGAAGUGUGUUGGCUACAAGAUUCCCUCUGCUUUUGUAGGCACAGUCAUACUGUAAGCGGCUUUUGUGUUGUCCUUCCUUUAGCUUGGAGGACAGGGGAGAGCAGAAAAGGAAUGGAGAACAAAAGGGAGUUAAGGGCCAGCUUCUGAGUCUGGGUGAUUGCCCACAGUCAGUAUCAAAAUUCCAAAAGAAUUUCCAUCUUUUUGAGCAUGCAAGAUGAAAUUGAGACAGAAGAGAUAAUCAAGGACAUUUUCAAACAAGGCAAAAUCUGCUUUAUCCCUCGGUACCAAUUCCAGAGCAAUCACAUGGACAUGGUGAGAUUGGCAUCACCUGAAGAGAUCUCUUUACUUCCAAAAACAUCCUGGAACAUUCAUCAGCCUAGUGAAGGGGAUGUUCGGGAGGAGGCCUUAUCCACUGGUGGACUUGACCUCAUCUUCCUGCCAGGCCUCGGGUUUGACAAAGAUGGCAACCGGCUGGGGCGGGGCAAGGGCUACUAUGACACCUACCUGAAGCGCUGUAUGCAGCACCAGAAAGUGAAGCCCUACACCUUGGCCUUGGCGUUCAAAGAACAGAUCUGUCCCCAGGUCCCAGUGGAUGAGCAUGACAUGAGGGUAGAUGAAGUCCUUUAUGAAGACGCCCCAACCUCUUAAGUCAUCCAGUGACAGCCACACUCACUGGUUUGUACCAGUGUGAAGAAAGUGUGUGUAUGUUCUCCUUGUCAAAAAUGAGUCAAAAUGACACAUUAAAGUGAAUACGGAUUA